UAGAAACCGCUGUUUUCAAAGUUGUUGUCGUACAGACAAACAAUAAAGGAUGGGUUGAAGUAGUUCCUCGUUCGUGGGAAGACGGUGAAGUUUUGUGGUGGCCAAAAAUGGACCAAUCUGGUCUACAAAGUGACCCACACUCAAUUCCUGACGUGACCAAGUGGAAGAAAUAUACGAAUUACAGAGUGAAGUACACAUUCGCAACAUUUGAAGAGGCGAACAUGAAAGCGAACGAAGUUGCAAUUGCCAGCAGUGAAAGUGACUGCAGUGACAAAAAACCAUCACGUGAAGGAAGACAAAAAAAAGUGAAACCCUUCCUAAAAAAAGAAAGAUAAAAUGGAAUAGCAAGUCAUUGGUUUGUUCCUUAUUGACCAUAAUUUGAAAGCCGAAAGAAAACCAAUUUAUUCGCUGUUAAUCUGAAAAAAAAACGAACAACAUCAUUCGGAAUAGUUUACACCGCCUUACACUGGACUAACAAAUCAUUACUAAUUAGGGACGUAAUACACAAGCGAAACGGUUGUCAGGAAGCAAACCGCAGACAAAUCGCAAUGGGUUGUGCAAGCAGUUCACCACUAAUCAACGGCGGUGGUCCUGGCGGAAUUGUGGAAACGGCGAAAGAAACCGCCAGCAAGACUGCCGCCGAAGUUCUGCAGGCUGGAGAAACUGUCAUACAUGAGGCCGGAGAGCAUAUGAAGGGUGCUAUGCAAAAUGUGACGAACGAAAUCACCGGCGUGCUGGGAGGUGUUAAAAAGACCACCGAUCACAUCAAUGAACAGGAUCUUCCACAGACGAAUGGUCAAAACGGGGAUAGUGCUGAUUACAAGAUUAUCCCCCUUAAGGACACUAAACAAAACAGCGUCGACGAAAGCUUGGAAAAUUUCAAAAAUAAUCUACUGAAAAAGGCGCAAAGUUUUGGCGACGAUACGGAUCAAAUGGCGGACGAUAUUAUCAAAGAAACAGAAGAUCUCAUCCGGGACGCGGAAACUGGAAUCGCUGAUAGCAGUACAGAGAUGACCACCAGAAUUACGUCGCUGGAGGAUGGAACCAUCGAGAUACUCAACCUGGAAGGUAACCAAACUUACUCACCGACUCAUUCUAUUGCUAGUUUGAAAACCUCUUCACCAGAGCCAGAAAUCGAACGGAUACUGGACAGCGAGCCGAAGUGUCCACCUUCCCCGGAAGCCACAUUGAAUAGUAUGGUUUCUUCGGAUGGAACGGCAGCUAUGUCCGAUCCUGUGGCAAUCGUGGCCGAAAAGGAUAGUCAAAUGUCCGACCCUGGGCAGGAUCAUGGCGAUAGCAAACGGGAAGCGUGAGUACGGCACUGCUGAAGCGAGCUUUUUAAGCAAUGUACAUCAAUCACCCUGCUUCCCAUUGCAUUUCUAUUCGUCCGGUAGCAAAAGUGCCGCCGUAUUGUCAAAAACGCUGCAAUUUUGUACAAAUUUUCAAUAAAACAACACCAUUAACAGAGGAUAUUUUUACACUGUUCGAUACUAAAUAGCAUAAGAGCAACAUGAGUGUAAAUAACAGUCAUCUUAAUUUUUUAGUAAGUUUGGUUGUUAUUAUUACUGUGAUAAUUUCGUAAUACUACUUUAUGUUUAUAUUGGUUUAAGUAUUUUCCAGAGAUGUAAAGUGAAAGAAACAAGCUCAUAUAUUUCAUAACAACAAAUGACAUAAGAAUUUCCUUCAACUUUGU